ACAUCGAUUUUGCCACUGUGGUUUAAAUGCUCGACAUUUAAAUCGACCAUCAUAAUACUGUUCGAAUUUAACAAACAGACAAGGAUCAAGUGUCAUUAGCUUUGUUUUGAAAUCAAAAUAAUGUCUUGCUCUUUAUAAUUGAUUGCUCUAUACAUUAUUAUAAUCUUAUCGAUAGUCACUUCAAUUAAGGAAAACAAAUUAGUUGUGGAUCCGUGCACCUGGUGGACAUGAUGUGUUUGUUCUGGAUGUAAUUGCAACAUAAAUCCUAGCCACUCAAGAUGAAGACACAGUCAACAAUCAGUUCUAUGAAGUCGACCUCGAGCGAGGCGGUGCUCGAGUUAUUGAGGGUCAUAUCCAAGCCUCGUUUCAAACGUGAGGACCGCGAGGCGGAAUUCGUACUGCCAUGGUUAUGUAAGCGAAGCCAGCUGCUAUCAAGACUGGAUAAAUCGGUUCUCGUGGAUAUUGUUAAGAACUGCGCUCACGUUAGCACGUACCAAGAUGACGUCAUCAUACGUCAAGGAGAAAGAGGGGACAGUUACUUUGAUGACUUCAGUUUCUACAUAAUACUUCGCGGGUCUGUUUCGGUCUACAUAGAUUCGAAACUGACGGGUGAGGGUUCUGAGGAUAUAAUGGAGCGCCGGUCCGCUGCGAAUAAAAAAAGGGCCAAAAAGCCUCCAAAAGCCCCGGAGUCAGAGGAAUCUGUACUGAGCGGUAUGGAACAUGGUUCUGUUAACUCAGGUGAACUUCCGGAAGUGUCGCAAGCGGGAGGGGUGGAGGGGCGAGAGAAGGGAGCGACUGGAGCAGAGGAGCAGGAAGAGGAGGCGUCCACAUUGUUGAAGCAGCCGAUCAAGUUACUGGCACCGAUUGACAGAAACAAGUUUGGGAAAUUCAUAGUGAAAUACGGUCAAGGCGGAUCGUUCGGCGAGGUAGCUCUAGUGGAUUCGGCUAGUUUCCGCAACGCCACCGUGGUCACUGACGAAGACACUGACCUUAUGGUCAUCGAUCAGGAAUUGUUUGACCGAUCACUUAAGGCCGAACAAGAGGCAAAAUAUGCGGAGAUUCGAGAAUUCAUCGACGGACACCCGUUCUUCAAGGACAUGAGUUCGAAACUUAAGAAGCUGAUGGAGAUGAGCAUCAGGAAGGAACGGUACAUCUUCGACACAAAUAUCAUCCGUCAGGGGGAUCCUGUAGUUGGCCUGCAUUUCAUCAUAAGCGGCAGUGCAGACAUCAGCAUACAGCCAAAGAAGCACCAGUCGCAGUACCCGCAUUUAUGGCCAUUCGAAGCAGGGGUUGACCAGAUAGCUAUAGAGUUUGAACAUCUCAGGGAGGCGCGCCGAGCCGCCAUCAUGCGGAAGUAUGAGGAUCCCUCCGUUUGGGAGACGAAAUCGGAAGAGCUUGUUAUUCGGCGGGAGCAGGGCUACGCGGCCAUUGAAAAACACAUGAAAGAGAGCCACAUCAGCUUGUGUUCCGUGCAGACACGAGAAGUCCUCGGCGAUAUUGAGUCGCUGAUGAACCUCGGGACUUACAUCCAGACGGUACGCUGCACCUCCGACACGCACUGUUUUGUCUUGGACACCAAAAACUUUGAGCGGCUCGUUUCCAACCGGAAGGCCAAUCCAACCACCAUGGACGUCAUGCGCGAGUACGUCAAAAGCAAGCUAGCUACCCGCAUGCGCAUGAAACAAGCGGACCUGAUUCCGUUUCUAGGAUACCUUUUUCAGAAGCUGAAUGAACAGAUGCUACCUCAGGCUAAAAAGGUAGAACCGUUCAAGAUGUCUAAAUCCAUCCCCGGGGCGGAUGAGGAGGUAGCGCACCUGCUGCAAUACUUCCGGGAGGGACAGGAUGUUAUGUUGCUGAAACCAAUUGUGCCAGGAGUCGUUUACUAUAAGGAGCUUAUGCACGAAAAGGCGAAGCUGCGCGCUCAGCAGAAGAUCGCUUCCGGUAAGGCAGGGGACAGCAUCAAGCUCGGAUCAGUGUACAGGACGCGCGUUAAUCGGAAGCCACGUAGUAUCGCGCAGAUUCGGGAAUCCCUUCAACAAAUGAUGGAAGCGGAAGUUAUAGAAAUGGAGACCAAGAAAUUCCGCAAGAAAAAGCCAAAACGCAAGAAGUCUCCCAAAUCUCCUAAAAGCGACCGACACCAUAUCUUCAAUGUCCAAGAAACACCCAGAACGCUCAUAGGCAGCGAGAAGGAGAAACAGGACAAUGGAAAGCCACGCCUUAUGGGAUUAAUGGAGGCUUUGCGAAAAUCUGAGAAAUCCGAUGCCCAGGAGCCAAACUCUCCUGGUUCCGAUCUUCCUCCGCAGCUUAUGGAGUUUAAAGGGGCUGCAGUAGGUUCCGUGGACGCCUCGGAUGCGGAAAAUCAGAGCGAGGCUAGAGGGCGACAGGUUCCGCCAGUGUUUAUCACGGAGGCAUCUAAAGCGGAGAUUCAACUUCCUGCUAUAAGGGAAGAGAAAACCCAAGAAGAGAUUAUCUUGCGCGGCGGCAGUCCUACUAAAACGCCGUCUGCGUUGGACACUAGUAGGUCAAGGUUUGAAAAACCCGCGACCCCAAAAACUCAUCGAACUGAUGCCUCAAAAUCGCCUAGACCGCACAGUAUUAAAGACAAAACAUCCCGGAAGGGUAGUGGUAAAGGUAAUAAAAGGAGUAAAUCAUUAAGCAGCACCCCGACGCCUAAACCUGAUGCCUACAAUACUGAAAGCAGUCCAAACGCUCAAAACGAAUACUCAAAAGACGCAGUCCCGACAUUGCCGUUAUUAACUGGAAGUCAGACUAGUCUAAACCAAGAAGGAGUGACAGCGCGCACGGACGAUACAACCGGAAGUAGUAACAAAUCGCAAGGUUGGCAGACGGCUCUCCGGUUUGUGAACGAAAGGGUGCAGGAUCGACUUACUAAAUCUCUUUUUGAGGAGAAGUCUGCCUACAAGGACUACGAGACAAGCGAAGGCUCCCUGAAACUGCUGGAAAACCGAAUACAGGCCUUCCACAUAAAGUACGGCAUGGGACAACGAACCAAGAAUCUCCCGCCAUUAAAACGAUAUAAGCUCGAUUCGGAAGUCGACCCAAAGCCAGGUGGGCGAGUGAAGGUCAUACGACAGGCAUGUAGAUUUUCCAACGCUGAGUACCUGGUGAAGGACCACAGUCAUAUUAGACACAAAAUGGUAGAUGGGGGUCUAGAGUUCAACCAGCAGGCUUACAGCCAUAGAAAGGAGUCAUUAGCAAGUGUAGGGACAAGGUAAAGAGAAAACAAGCCAUUAUACAACAGAUGCUCAAGGCAGCCAACUAUAGUUGAUUAUGGAAUCAUCUUUUGAUAGUUUUGCUAAUUCAACAAAAAAUGUAUAUAUUCAAUAUACACCAUGAUCAAAAGGUCUCGCGUUUUAGUUUUAUUUGAAGUCUGUUAGAAUAAACAUUGAAUAAACCUCACACGUGAUGUGUAAGCAUGCCACUAUUUUAUUAUUAUACGCUUGGCCAUAAAACAAUGCAAACUACAGGAAGAAUCCCAGUUGCCUAAAAUGUAACCAAGGUCCUGUUGAAUGGUACGAAUAUUAGGGCAAACAAACACCAAUCAAUCGACACAGCAUUGCAAAACAACACACAAUAUACAUUUACCACAAUAUCUUGCUGUAGGGGUUUCCUCCUAGAUGGCUUCACAAUGCAGACGUCAAAUUGGACUAUUGAGUGGACCUUUCGCCGCAUAAAAAUGCGCUGCGCUGUGAUGAUAAAAUGAACAUAAAAUGCGGAUGUGUCGAUUGUUUUAUAGUAUUGAGCUUACCUUAAAAUCAAACAGGUAUUCAUUUAUAAAGUUCUUUCUAAGACUCAAUAUUAUGUAGAUUGAACAUUACAUGUGAAUAAAAAGUGCUAGUAUGGAAAGGAUUGCCCAAUGAAGAGCUUGCAUGUUGCAUGCAUUGUAAUGCAGUAUAUUUAUUGUAUAUAUGUUCUUAUAUAUAUCAUUAUGCUAACCUGUGACGAUUUAACUGUGAUAAUUUCCUUUUUUUAAUAUCCUGCCAUUUUUUUUCAUGUGUAAUGUGCAAUCAGUGAACAGAAUAUGAUAUGUUGUUACAUUGAUACAAGUGUUACAUCAAACUGAAUUAUUACGAUGUAAGAUAAUCUCGCUGAUAUAUUUUGUCUGAUCACAACCUUGUUUGAGAAGUUAUUGUCGUUUUAUAAUAUUUGUUAUAUAUUGUCAUAUGCCAAAUUAUCAUCUUUUUGAAUAGCAUUUCAACCAUAAUGACCAUGAUGCUGCACAUGAUUAUUUUUACCGAUAGAAAGAAAUAUGCUUUGAUGCAUCUUUUUACACAGAGUUAUACAAUUUGAACAACGCCAUUUUCGAAAUGCCGUUUCCUUCGCAUACAAUUUCGCCCGUUUUUUUCUUCUUAAAAAACCUACAAUUAACUGUAAUUUUAUAUCAGUUUUGGGCUUUAAUAAAUCGAACAAUUGUUUGCCACAGUGCAAGUUCGCUAUUUGUUUCACUCCGAUUACACAAAAAGUAACUUCACUUGUGAUAUAUAUAACUUUUUGUGCUCACUCUGUGAAACAUAUUACGAUCUCGCAUCGAAACAAACAAUCAAUUAUCUUCAAUAUUACACGUUUCUUAAAUAUAAAACGUAUAUAUGGUUGAUUUAUAUUCAACAGGGUAAGCACUUGUUGCUCAAUAGCAGCAUCGCUUCUAUAUCUCGAGUAAAUUAACUCGACUUUAAAAGUGAUAAUAUGUUGUUUGCUUGGUUUCAUGUUUUGGUAUUUUUGCUAAUAAAUUGUUAA